UGUUGGCCACACUGUUUGUAUCGCCAUAUUUCUUACAUUCCAUUGAAUUGUCAGAAGGAAUAGUGGAAUAAAAUGUGGUAAUGGCGAGUGCGUCUGUUCCGCAUAUUUGAUGUUGUGAUAAAGUUGGGCGUACGCGUCCGCCUUAUCAAUCGUGACAAAGUUUUUUUAUUUCGAAUAUGUCUACUUAAUUUUGAUAUAUACACUUAGUUUUUAAAGAAAUUUAACCGACAAUAAAAUAAAUAAAGUGUCCAGUGUACAAUGUCGGUGAUUCAUUAUCGGAAUAUGGAAGUAUACGACAGAUAAUAGAAGAUAAUCGUGUUAUAGAAAAGAAAUUUAUAAUUUUAUAUAUUUCAUAACACGUACAGUUAUUUGAUUAUAUUCGUUUUGUAAUAUACAAGAUAGUAUUUCAAACGUGCUAUUAUAUUAGAAAUAAUCAAUAAAUGCUUGUAAACGUAUAACAAGAUAAUAUGAAAUCGGAACGAACAUGAAGGUAACUGUGUGUUUCGACAACGUCCGGGUGGUGGUUCCUUGUGGGGAUGGAACCCUGCUGGUUAAAGAUUUAAUGCAUGAGGCUACUCUAAGGUAUAAAAAGGCAACUGGAAAGAAUGAUAAUACAUUAACUAUAAAUAGUUUAUCUUCCUUAACUGGAGGUGGACUCUUGGAUCCAGAUGAUAGGUUAUGUGAUGUAGCUGAUGAUAGAGAACAGAUUGUUGCUCAUUUUGUGAGUUCUGAUGUUUCGCAUGCUGGUGGUGAUGGAGCAAGUUCAGUUGGAACAAAUAGUCCUGAUUUUUUUCAUUCGGAUAGUAAAGAACCAACUUAUACAAUUGAUACACAUUCCUCAAUUCCUAUCAAUGCUAUUAAAAGAGAAAGUACCAAAAGAUUAUCAAUGCAUGCAUUAUCAACCAGAGAGCCAUGUUUAACUACAUAUUCUGCUCAGUCCCUUCCCAGAGAGUCUCGGCGUAGAGAACCAUUGGGACAAGAUGCCAAAGUGUCAUUUGAAUAUAUAAAUGCCAAUAUAGAAUCAGGAGAUCAAGGAGAAAUUCGAGAAAUUGUGAUAAAGAAUGAAGCAGGACCACUGGGGCUUCAUGUGGUGCCAUGUUAUGAUUUGUUGGGUAAUGAUCAGGGACUAAGAGUUGAAGGUAUUGAACCAAAUGGCAGAAUUGCUAGAGAUGGUCAAAUUGAUUUGCACGAUAAGAUUAUAAAAAUAAAUGGUCACAAUCUAUUGCAUAUACCAUUUUCUAAAGUGCAAGAGAUUUUUCGUACCUGUAUGACUGAAUCAUGUUUACAAAUUUCUAUAGUGAAACAUAAAAAGUCACAUGAGAAGUCGUUACAUAAAAAUCAUAGUAAUACUAGUGGAGGAUCAGAAAAGGAAAUUGAUGAUAAUGUUAAAAGACUUCAAUGUAGCAAUUAUAAUUUGUUGCAGACUGCUAAUACCCGUAAGAUUGGACGUAUGAUAGAGAUAGAAUUAACAAAAGGGAGUAAUGGUCUUGGAUUUAGUGUCACAACACGCGAUAAUCCUGCAGGAGGCCAUUGUCCAAUAUAUAUUAAAAAUAUAUUACCAAAAGGUGCUGCAGUUGAAGAUGGUAGAUUAAGGCCUGGAGAUAGAUUAUUGGAGGUAAAUAAUAAAGAAAUGACUGGUAAAAGUCAAGCAGAAGUUGUUUCACUUCUGAGAAGUAUUCCACCUGGUGGAAAAGUAAGAAUGAUUGUAUCACGCCAGGAAGAAAUUUCUUCAAGCAUUCCAGAUUCUCAUUCUCACGUUACUUCCACAACUCAAGCCUCAGAAACUACUGAUAAUUCAAAAUAUUGGAAUGCAUUGAAUACAUCACCAAUAAAAAAGAACACUGAAGUGCAAGAUAAAAUUAAUAGCCAUAACUACGAUAAAUGCACGUUUAAACCAGUGAAAUCUUCAGAAGAUAUUGUUUUAUCACCACGUAAAAAUCGUAUGAUAUUGACUUUAGAUAUACCAGUACAUGAUUCAGAGAAAGCUGGAUUAGGUGUUAGUGUUAAAGGAAAGACUACAAAUACAGAUGAAAACACUAAUAUGGAUUUAGGAAUUUUUAUUAAAAGUGUCCUUCAUGGAGGUGCAGCCUCUAGGGAUGGAAGAUUAAGGACCAAUGAUCAAUUGCUCAAUGUAAAUGGGGUAUCAUUAUUAGGAUUAUCAAACUCGGAUGCAAUGGAAACACUGAGAAGAGCAAUGCUCAAUACAAACAGCUCUUUAACUGGAGUGAUCACUCUCACGAUAGCCAGGAGGAUAUCUUCCUAUGAUGGAAAUGAAAAAAAUUUGUCAGAAAAUUUAUCUUCUCAGUGUAAAUUGGAAUCAGCCAACAGUAUAUACAUAUCUGAUUCCACGAAAGCCAGCGAGGGCAGGGUAAAAGAGAAGAACAAUUUGAAUUCCCAAUCAGAUAUCUUGGACAAUGGUGGACUAUUGUCUUGCGUUAUGGCAUCACCGUGGAAUCCAGUUAUCGAUAGAUUAACCGAACAGUAUAAUAAGAAUAGUUUAAGGAAUGAAAGUUAUUGUAUCGCUACCAAUAAAACAUGGAUAGAACCUGCGAGCGUGAAAAAAAUUACAAUAGGACAGCGUGAUGAUCGCGCGGAACCAGUAUUGCUAGAAGAUUCCAAUGAACCGCAGUGCAAUGAAGCUAAACGAAACACGGACGAUAAAGAUAGUCAGUAUUCCGGGGAUCCGACGUACGAUAGUCAAUUAUCUUUGGAGGAAUUUAGCUCCUCUUCCAAUAAGUUUUCCCGCGAUGCUUUAGGUAGACAGAGUAUGUCGGAGAAGCGACAUGCUGCUUUAGAUGCCAAGAAUACGGAUACUUAUAAGAGAAAUAAAAAAUUACGGGAAGGCCGCGAAAAUAAGAAUCAGGAACAAGCGAAUCAGAAGCAUUCGAAUCAAUCGGCUGAUUCGGAAGAUCAUACCAGGCGGGGGGUUAAAUCAGAAAGUUACGAUAAGAAUAAAAAUAAAGCUGCUACCGAUGGCAGUACGGCAAGUGAGAGUAAUAUGAAACGAUACGAGAAAUCGGUCGAUCCUGCUCAGUCAGAAUACGUAUAUACUAUACCUGGAUGCAAUAAUAAGUACACUUCUCCAAGGAAACAUUGGCUUGUUGAUGAUGUACAUGGCGAGAUAACGAGCAAUAAUUUUAAGGAUGAUCGCGAGGGUUUUCCAAAUAGCCGGGGGGAUGUGAAGCAAGCAUCUCUCAAUUCGGCUUUGGAUGAUCGAUACAAGCGUUCACGAAAGAAAGGGGGGAUACGUUCGAUGCUUCGAUUAGGGAAGAAUAGGAAAUCGCUCAAUUUCGGUGAUAGUAUAGAAGCCCGUCACGAAUCCAGUAAUUAUUGCAGUGGAACGAUCAAUUAUAUCGCAUAAUAUACAAAGGGGGGGGGGGGGAUUUAUAACGUAGAUACGGAAUUCAAAGUAUACAUAAACAUACUUGUGCAUAACACCUAGAAACACAUAUUAUACACGAAAUAUAUACAUUUUAACACCCAUCGCACGUAUGUACUCCGUUGCAUCGUAUGUACUUAAAUAUGUAUGAUUUGUCCCAAAGUGCCUUAUAUCAUCGCAAAUUAAAAAAAAAAAAACAAAAAAAAAACAAAAAAAAAAAAAAAAACAAAAAAAAAUUUAUUCUGUAUAUAUAUAUAAUUUUUGUAUUUGUCUUCAAUUCGUACCGAUCAUAUACAUGUAUCUAUUUUUAAAAUAAAACUAUGCACGUAAUAUAAA